UUCUCUCUCCAUCACCACCUUAUUCUCUCUCUCUCUCUCUCUCUGCAACAAAAUUAAAAAAAUAAAAUAAAAUACAUUUUUUUUCCCGAUUUUUUCGAAGCUCGAAACGACAAGGGAAAAAAAAAAAAAAAAAAAAUGGAGGCUCAAACCCAAUUAGGGUAUCGGAUUUUUGGAUUCUGAGUAUGCGGGAGACUAAAAAAAAUUCUUUGAACGAUUUGAUGGUUGCUUAUGAGCGUUUUGGUUAGCAUUUUUGUAGGAUUCAUUGUGGUGGUCGAAGAAGAAGUAGAAGAAGAAGAAGAAGAAGAAGAAGAAGAAGGGGUGGUUCGGAAAGUGUGGAACAAACAAUGGCGGAGACGAGGUUCGGCGUGGGCUACGCGCUGGCGCCGAAGAAGCAGCAGAGCUUCAUUCAGGAAUCGUUGGUGAGUACGGCGAGGUCACGUGGAGUCGAUCUCGUACGGAUCGACAUGGAGAGACCCCUGGUGGAUCAGGGACCGUUCGAUUGCGUAAUUCACAAGCUGUACGGUAAGGAUUGGAGACGGCAGUUGCAGGAGUUUAGGGAUAGGAACCCUAAUGCCGUGAUCAUCGAUUCGCCGGAGGCGAUCGAGCGGCUCCACAACCGGAUUUCCAUGCUUCAGGUUGUGUCGGAGCUGAAAAUGGAGCACCAGGACGAGACGUUUGGGAUUCCGAAGCAGAUUGUGAUAUACGACAAGGAGACUCUGUUUGAUCGACAGGCUUGGGAGGGUCUCAAAUUUCCGGUGAUUGCCAAGCCUCUCGUCGCCGACGGCAGCGCAAAAUCUCACAAAAUGGCGCUCGUAUUCAACCACGACGGCCUCAACAAGCUCAAGCCUCCGAUUGUCUUGCAGGAGUUUGUGAACCAUGGAGGAGUAAUUUUCAAGGUCUAUGUGGUUGGAGAGUAUGUCAAAUGCGUCAAGAGGAAAUCUCUGCCAGACGUCUCGGAGGAAGAGAAAUUGGGGAGCUUGGACGGUUUGAUGUCGUUCUCGCAGGUCUCAAAUCUGGCCACCAAUGAGAGGAUUGACGAUAAGUACUACAAGAUGAUGCAUUUGGCAGAUACAGAGAUGCCUCCGCAGAGCUUCAUUACCGACAUCGCAAAGGGUCUGCGGCGAGCGAUGAAUCUGAACCUGUUUAACUUCGAUGUCAUUCGGGAUGCGAGGUUUGGGAACCGGUAUCUUAUAAUUGACAUUAACUAUUUUCCUGGGUACGCCAAAAUGCCGGGUUAUGAGACUAUCUUGACGGAUUUCUUCUGUGAUAUAGUGCACAAGAAAGAGCAAAAGGAGGCCGCAAAGGUUUCGGAGGAGACCGAUGGUUUGGAGAAGAGUGGCUUGGAAAGGCGUAGUUGCGACCAAGAAGUGAGAAAACUGGUAAGCAAUACUUGCUGCAGUGAUGGGGAAGAUGGGGGUCUCCCUGUUUCACCUCUUAGCAGGGAAGAGGAGAACCCAAUUCAAGUAUGAAUAAAGGGCGUAUGAAUAUACCCAUGAAUUGAGUUAACUUUGUGAGGGCAUGUUCAUUCCUUGGUUGGUGGAUUUGGGUCAUCAGAAUUUGCUCAAGCAGUUUGGCCUUUUUCCACCGAUUAUUUUGGAAUUGAAGCGAGUUGCACAAUUGGUUUAGAUAGCAGAGAUGGUACAGUGCUGAAACUGAGUAGGUUUGUUCUUGGCUUUAGUUUAACUUCUUGACAGCAUUAGAUGGUGAUUCAUUGUUGAUGAUGUAUAUUCCAUCCACCGUUGCUCUGGAGAAUAGGUACUUUCCAAAAUACUUCGAAGUUUUAGGAAAGCCAAGUUGUAUGUUGAGGCUUAAAAGUCUUUCCUUGCUUAGAAACUGUUCUAGUUUGUGUCAUUGGCACUUUUAGUGAAUGGAUUUUGCCAUUUUGUCAAUGGUAGUUUCAUUUUUAA